AGAAACCACUGCCUAUACAACUUUUAUAUAGUCAUGUUUUCAUUCUAUUUUGUAAAGGCUCUGCAUGCCUCAGGUGAAACACACCAAUUACAUUUUCUUUAAAGCUCCAGUAAUUACCAAAGAUAUCAUUAUGUAUAAAAGCCCUCCAACGUAGCCAGCUACUAAGUAGGAUUAUACUGGCAAACUAUAGAUUUUAACGUUAAAAAGCUUGCAACCCCCUCUCUUGGACGAAAGGCUUUGCGUUUCUCAGUGGUGUACUAAACUUGGUUAUAGAAAUUUCCGUAGCUCGUUCUUCAAUAUAAACUCGCUAAGCAGCUGCAUCUUGGGAAAGCCCUAAAAAGCCUGCUCGAGGCUUUGGACGAAGGAGAGGCAAGUCGCCGUUCUUUACUGGACUUGAAGAGAACCAUCUUCUGGAAGAUGGCCAUCUGGAUCAGAUAGUCCCUUCCCUUAAUUCUCCCAUGCAUUGCUCACCCAAGUCCCAAGGAAACUCUGAACCUGGGGAACGAUAUUCUCGCAAGGUAUUUGUUGGUGGGCUUCCCCCGGACAUUGAUGAAGAGGAAAUUACAGCAAGUUUUAGACGAUUUGGCCCUCUGGUGGUGGAUUGGCCACACAAAGCAGAAAGCAAGUCUUACUUUCCACCUAAAGGUUAUGCGUUCUUGUUGUUCCAAGACGAGUCCUCUGUUCAGGCCCUGAUUGACGCAUGCAUCCAGGAGGACGAGAAACUGUACCUCUGUGUUUCUAGUCCCACAAUCAAAGAUAAACCGGUCCAGAUCCGACCUUGGCGACUCAGUGAUGCUGAUUUUGUAUUGGAUGCCUCCAUGCCGCUUGAUCCCAGAAAAACUGUCUUUGUGGGUGGAGUUCCUCGCCCCUUGAAAGCUGUGGAAUUGGCUAUGAUCAUGGACCGAUUAUAUGGAGGAGUGUGCUAUGCGGGCAUUGACACAGACCCAGAACUGAAAUACCCAAAGGGAGCGGGAAGAGUGGCGUUUUCCAACCAGCAGAGCUACAUAGCUGCUAUCAGUGCUCGUUUCGUGCAGCUGCAACACGGAGACAUUGAAAAGAGGGUGGAAGUCAAACCAUAUGUUCUAGACGAUCAAAUGUGUGAUGAAUGCCAAGGAGCUCGAUGUGGAGGAAAAUUUGCCCCCUUUUUCUGUGCUAAUGUCACCUGCCUCCAGUACUAUUGUGAACACUGCUGGGCCACGAUCCACUCUCGUCAAGGACGCGAAUUUCACAAGCCACUGGUGAAGGAAGGGGCUGAUCGGCCUCGGCCAGUACCAUUUCGCUGGUGUUAGAGUGACAGAGGAUCUCUGCAUAUGUUUCUGAGUAGCGAUUUCCAUGCCACUUCCCUAAUCUUUCUGAAACACCAGCUUUUUUUAGGCAUUUCUAGGUGUGGCUUGUGGUGUGGUAGCACAGCCACUUAAGUUUUACUGUUCUUUAUGUGUUUGUUCCUUCACCACUCUGGAAAUUAAAUAUGUGGCUGUAGACAUAUUUUCAGAAGUUCGUAAUAUAUAUAUAUCAUAAAAUUUACAUUUAAUAUACAUAUAUAAAUAUAUAUAUCUAUAUUUUUUUCUUUUUUUGAUAGUUAAGUGAGGGUGGGAAAAGUCAUAUUGCUUGCUUCUCUGUACUCAUUGCUGCUAAUGAGACGAGAAACAGAAUAUACCAGUUGAAGUUUUUACUUCCUGGAAUUUUUAGACAGAAAGUAACAUAAAACAAUGUUUUUAUUUUGUCCCAUUAUUAUAUUAUUAUCUAGGAAAUCUGUUUAUAGAAUAUCUAGACCAUCAAUUUGACUUUCAUGUUGUGAUAACUUGUUUGUAAUUUAUCUACCUGAGGGGGUUCUCCCAGGAUCCUGAAUGUUUACUGCUUCAAUAACUUACUCAACCUAGUCAGCACGUGCUCCUCUGACAAGGGUUAGAAUUGGAAGUCCCUAGUCCUGGAGUAGUGCAUUUUUAAUGUGAUUUCAAAAUGUUAGUUGUUGCCUUAUAUAUUUUAGCUUAAAACAUUGUACUACCUUAUGGUAAAACACUGUACUACCUUAUGGUAAAACACUGUACUACCUUACGGUAAAACACUGUACUACCUUACGGUAAAACACUGUACUACCUUAUGGUAAAACACUGUACUACCUUACGGUAAAACACUGUACUACCUUACGGUAAAACACUGUACUACCUUAUGGUAGCUUGGUCAUUGGACAACGCUCAUUCAGUCAGUCCUCAGUGUACCUUCCCGUUUUGAUUCUCCCUCACGUGAGCAAUAAAUCCAGGCCUUAACUUUUAGAAGACCUUUUGGCCUCCAUCCUACUUUUCUUACUAGGCCUUUUUAAAAAAAAUUAAGUUCAAAGCUGGACUUUCCGCACCAGCAUUUUUACAGUCAUUGUUUGUAGACUAUGAUUCAUUCUCAGAUAACACUUUAAAUUAAUCAGGUAGCAAGAGUUGUACCUGUUAUUCAGACUCAAUUGAAAGGUGUUGUGGCUUUUACCUGUCUUCUAAUAAUCCCAGGUCAUUCUUACAGGCUUUUCUUCACAUCUGGAUUUGUGCAAAGAGCAUAAUGAACAUGCAUGCAAGUGCAGUUCAUGUUGAUGUGUUGCUUAUUCAGCAUGGGAAGACAGUGUUCCUUGACAUAUAUCUAUGGGUGGAGCCAUGCAUAAGACUUGUUAGUACAAUAACCUCCACAAUUAAGUAGAAGUAAGUAUAGUUCAGAUAAAUCUUCUGCACCCUUUAUAUUACCUCAUAAAUUUUUAAUUGUUUUUUUUUUAGUAAAAAGUUUUGAAGAACUACUAAAUAUGUAUAGUUCAAAUGAUAAACAAUUUUCAACAUCCAAGUAAAAUAUAUACUAGAGAAUAUGACUAAAAACAGGUCAACUUUACUUUCUAUGAUUGCUCAGAAACUGGAGUUAUUCUGUAGAGAAAAUACCAAUUUUUGAAAAUUAAUAGUCCAGUACAAUCUGUUGUUUUUUCCUCAGGAAGGUACUUUGUUUCUUGUACAGAUAUUACAGAUUUUCUUAUCCUCACAAGAUACCUCAGUCUCCUAGCAAACAAUGAACUUGUACAGAAUUGCAGAAAAACUUCCAAAGUGAUUGACUGAGAGGAAAGAGAGCAGAUUUAUUGAUAGGAUAUGUGCAAUUAGCCUAACUGUGAUGGAAAGUAUGACUGCUCUUCUGUGGGGAAUAUAAACGUACAUUCAGGUGUUAUGCUGGAUGUUUCUGUAUGGUUAGGAGUGUGUAUGUGUGCUUCUGUCUGUAUGUAUGUGUGUCUAGGUGGUAGCAUUCAAGCAUUUUUGCAGUGUUUAAUCACAUAGGUACUUCAAGUAAAGCUGUGUAAUAAAGUCGGCUCUUUUAAGGUUAGCUUGUCUACAUCUUAAAAACAAAGAUUUAGAUGAAAACUAUGUCUAGUUAUUUCUUAAGUCAGUGUACCUCUUAUCUAGUCCUUUUGAAAUUUUUGAGCAUUAAUUUUAGAACUGUUGUUGUUUGUAGCUGUUCAGCCAUACAAAGUUAAUUAAUAAACACCAAAAAGUGUCUGAAUUAGUGUUGGAUAAAGUUCAGUAUUACUUGUGGAGCACUUGCUUGUUCGGUGUCUGAUUAUCUCUCUUUUUUUUUUUAAGCAUCUGUCUUGUUGAAUGUGACUUUCAGUUCAGAGUAAUUCAUCUAAGUUUCUGUUACUGCUACACCUAAGAAAAAGGUAUUGUCCUACAAAAGGACGUUAUUUUAUAGCCACAGGGGACAAUCACAUCUACCUAGCAACAUGGAGAAAGCUGCACUAGUGAACUCUAAUUUUGGGAGCUUCCACUGGAAUGCUUCAAAGUCUGUGUUUGAUGUUCUCUUUCCAGUGACUUUUUUUUAACAUUUUUGUUAUGACUGCUUUCUUUUCUUAUAUUCCAUGGUACAACAUUUGAAAUGUUGAAGUCAGGUACUCUGUUGUCAUUUUUUGGUUUUCUAUAUAAAAAAAAAAUCUCACCUUUAGACUGACUUUCUGAAGUAAGAGAGUUUUUAUCUAUUGUGUAUCUCCUAUUUUUCCAGUUCAGGUGUUAUACUUGAUCCUACAAAGUCUUUCUAAGUGUCUGCGAUAUGCCAGGGUUUUCAAAUGGCUAAUCUAGUUUUUAUUCUAAGUACAAUAACAGGGGCCCAUCUUGAAAAGUAUCCAGAUCUUCUCAGGUUAAGAAAUAAAUGUGAGAAAGAAAAAAAGAUAAUAUGCAGAUUAAUGCAAAAUGAUGGGUGGUAAUAAUGAUAGAUUAAAGAUCAGAAUUGAAAACCUGGUCUACUUAUUUACCAGAGAUUUUACAAAGCACCAUGGUUUGGAUGUAGUUAUAAUUACAGAAAAAGGAUCUGUAAAAACUGAAAUUUAGUACAAAAAAAACCAAAGAAAACAAAAACCCAUUAAACCUAGGUAAUGGUUGAACAUAUCACAGUAGGUUAUAUUGUUCACUCAGGUUGAAGUAUGCUUGUUAGGUACUUAAACAUGUUCUGUAUGUGAUCCCAGUAUAAGUAAGCUGUUUAUAGCAUACCUUAAGACUCUCAGUGGUUGGUGCCAAACACCCUUAAUGGACAUGUUCACGGGUGUGUCAAGGUACUAUCAUUUGUUUUUGUUUAGUUAUAGUAUUGAUUUUUUUAUUUAUUAAUAAUUAUUUAUUUUUGUUGUAUGUAAUGAAUUUAGUCCUUGGUAUAUUUCACUAGUGAAGCUACAACUUGGUGUCACCAAUUUUUGGGUUCUGCACUGGCAAAGUUGGAGUUGACACAUGUGUGAAUAAAUGUUGUAUAAAUAAAUGUUUCCCAAAAUAUACAGAAACAUUUUAUAUUGUAUUAUUGAUUUAAAACUUCUCGUGAAAUUGUUUCUUAUGAAUGUGUAAAAGUUCUUUUAUUUUAACAUUCUAAUAUAUUUUCCCCAAGAGAUGAUGCUUUUUAAAAAACUUUUUUAUUAUAAUAGAACCUACACAUAAAUAAAUAUAUCUUUUAAUAACCUUUGUAAUUAAUGUUACAUUUUCUCAAGAUUUAUAAUGUUCACUAUUUUGUAUUUUUCUGAUUGCUGUAGUGUUUCUGAUGGAAUCUUUUGACAAUUUAGUGUUAUAGCACCAUACAGUAUAUAGCAGACUUUAUUUUUCUUAUGGUGCUAUGUGUACAAUUAAUAUGACAUUUUAUUGCACCUGUAGCUUCUUAUGAAGCACUAGUCAGGUUACAUGUGAUUACUCACUAUAAAGAUAUGUACAUGUAAUCCCAUUUGAAACCAUAAUACACAACAUUACUGUGCAAUAUCAACUUAUUCGUGUAUCUAUAGAGAAUUUGGUUUUGAGCAAGUGAAAUGGUGGUGGUAUAUAAGAUGUUUGUAGUGGAUGACCACCUUUUACAAGUAUUCGAUUACUUAAUCUAUUAUGUGAACAAAAUUCAAUCACGUCCUAGAAAUUUGAUAUUUUACUCCACUUUUCACGAAUAGGCUACAGGUGUAUUUAUAUUCUGUAUUCUCUUGUUACAAGAUUUUUUUAAGUCUGUGUCUGUCCUUUUGUAUUUACUAUUAACCAUAAGAAAUUGGAACAAUUUCAACAAUGACAUCACCGAGUUCCAUACAAAAGUUUCUUUGAGAGGGUUGGGAGAAUAAAAACAUCGUAUGGAUAGCAAGAAAAAAAAAUCCCCUUACUUUCUGACAGUAUGGAAGAUUUUAAAAUGACAGACCAUUCUCCAAAAGCCAAAAGUGUUUCAAGAAUACCAUGCAAGAGCCUUCUAAGUUUUUUUCCAGUGUAAAAGAAUGUUAAUCUGGACAAAACUGAGAAACUUAUGAGCAGGAAAUGUUGAUAAAAAAUGUAUUUAGUCAUUGGCAUUGAAAUUUUCUUAACCUCUUAGUUCUGUUAAAACAUAUUAUUACUGUUUAAAAAAAAUGCUUUUUAAAAACUAUAUUAAGGUUUAGUUUUAUUAUUCAGCAUAAUUUCAUAUUUCAAUGUAUUGUCUGUGUUAAACAUCUGAAUUUUGUAUUGGUAUUUUGAGUUAUGGAAAGUUUAUUUUUGUAAAGUUUUUUAAUAGUAAUUUUCUACAGCUGUUCAUUUUAUAGACUAAAAUAUUAAUAGCAUGAUUGGUUGACAAGAAGAUUGUUUGAUAUAACUGAUAAUUGUUUAAUGACUGGCUAUGCAAGCUGUGCUUAGUCAAUUUUGUGUUGAUUUCGUAACUCUCUUGUGUUUGGGGUUUUUAAAGACUUUUUAUAGGGGUUUUAGUGGCUUGAGAAAAAGCUAAAAGGGAUGUUUUCAAAAAAAAAUUAAUUUUUUACCAGACAGCUUUUUUUGUCAAACCUGAAAACAGGCAUUUACAGCACGACACUUCAAAGCUUAUUUUCAUGGUCAACUAUUUUUAUGGGGUUUUAAAAUUAUUUUUUUGCAGAGAAAUUGGGGUGUUGCAUUUACAUGAUUUUCUGAAGUUGUUAAUAGCAAGUGCUCCAACUUGUACCUCACAGUUUGUGUGGGAAUGGACAAGAUCUUAAAUCUUUCCUGCUGUAAACAAGUUGAGCUGUAGAAAUCGUAAGAGAUGUGACCUGAUUUUGGGGUAACCAUUGUUAUUAGCACAGAGUUUCUACUACGUUUUUAAAUAAAAUACUAUUUCAUAUUCCUUUUGUUUAAUACAAUUUUGACAUGCAUGAUGACGUUUUGUAUACUAUUUGUUCAAUUAAUUUAUUUUGAUCUGAAUUUUUUGGUAAUACAAUAUUUCUGCAUGUUUUGAACAAUGGUUUGUACCUGUAGUGUUUAAGACCACUAGAUUCCUUGUCCUAUGGAAUCUUUGUGUAUGGUAAUUUAUUGUAGUUUCAUUAAAAGCAAAGCAAAAACUCA